UAUAACACCUCCCAUUCUUGCACUGUGAACAUGGCAACCCUUCCGACGACGCGCGAGGCAACCAAGGAGAUCAAUGGCGUGGAGACAACCCUCAUCGUAUCCGAGUUCAGCGACCGGAUCUUCGUGGCCGUGACCCAACUCGGCACCUUUGGCACCAUUCUCGAAGCGACAAGCAAGGAGAACAUGAAUGGCAACCUGCUCGUGGACAUCUCGGUCCGUCUCGGCAAGCGGGACGACCCGCUGCUGUUGGUGUAUGCGCGGCAAUUCCUCGAGCAUUUUGGAAUCCCGCGUGGAAAGUCCAUCGUCGCGGCCGUGGGGCUCAAGGACCGCAGUUCUGCCACGUUUGAAGUGGUCAUGGCGUCAUUGAAAGCACUUCUUCCUUAGACCGAAUCAUUCCAUCAACAAAAGAUGCUUCUUCUACCAUGACCUGCCGUCUUCACCAACCGGCGACGUGGUCCAGGAUGAACGGCGUAAAGUACGUGAUGAGGAUGUUGGCGCCGGCGCGCACGAGACUCAAGUGGGCCUCCCGCACCACGGCGUCCAUGGAGCCCGUCGAGUCGCCGUAGUCCUUGAGCAUCUUGUACUCGCCCGACACGACGUAGCACGCCACGGGCACGAGCUUCUUGUCGCUCAGCGCCCGGACGAUGUCGGUGUAGAACAGACUCGGCUUGACGAUCACCGUGUCGGCUCCUUCGGCCACGUCGCGGUCGUACGCCAGCAGCGCGUGCGAGAGGCUGCCCACGGGGUGCUGGUACCGCUGGCGGUCGCCCUUGAACGUCGACUCGACCGCGUCGCGGAACGGCGCGUACAUGCACGAUGCCUUCUUGGACGUGUACGCCAUGAUGCUCACGUGCGCGAACCCGUGCGCGUUAAGCGUCGCGCGGAUCACGCCGAUGCGGUUGUCCAUCAUAUCGGAUGGACACACCAUGUGCGCGCCGGCCCGGGCGUACGCGAGCGCGAUGGCGCCGAGGCGCGAGACGGUCGCGGCGUUGUCGAUGAUGUCUUCUCCGCCGUGAGGGGAGGGCUUGAGCAGGCCGCAGUGGCCGUGGUCCGUGUACUCGCACAUGCACACGUCGCACGAGAGCAGCAGCGACGGCAGCGCCGCGCGCAACGCCGCCAUGACCUCGAUCACGGGCGUCGAUGGGUCGUCCGCCAUGCAUCCCGACGCGUCCUUGUUGUCUACGACCCCAAACAACAUGACGCUGCUCAGCCCCUUGGCGACGAGGCCUUCCAAGUGCGCGACCAGCGACGCGUACUUGUCGCGGUUGCCCCACUGCACGUUCGGCUCGAGGCCGCGGAUCGGGUUGUCGUCUGGCCGACCCGUGAUGAAGAGCGGGUAGAUGAGCUGGGACGCAUGCAGCGUAGGCUCGGUCCACGCGCGCAUCGCGGGGUGGCUCAGGCCAGAGUGGAGCGACGUUGUAGUCGUCGUCGACGUCGACGGAGCAGUUGGAGUGUGACUUGGUCGUUUAUGGGCCAAUUGGGGAGGCAAGGCGACGGAAGGAGUAGGUCUGGGUUGGGUGAUGGGUGGGGCUGUCUGCUUCUUGAACGGUACAUGUGGUGAGACUGCAUGGGAGUCGGUGGCAUUGGUUCCAUCAUGGGAGGAAUGGAAGGUGCGUCGCUUUAGGGUCGGGUACGCGUUUCGGACGUCAUCAGGUGCGGACACGCAUUGUCGCAUGUGCAUCCUCCACCGCUCCUUCGCUUGGGACGACAUCUUACCGCCGCAAUGCUUGCAUGUCGUGAUGCGGUUGGGACCUUUCCCAUCAUGGUUCACUUCUUCGUCAAUGUGCUUUCCCAUUAUUGCAACUUUAC